GAUAGAUGCAGCGCAACGCUUUCAUUUCACUUCUUCAUAGCCAUUCCGAAACCGCUCAACAUUCUUCUUGAUUACGUACCGCGCAAGUAAACGACAAAUUAAGUAAUUUCAGGAGGCCAGGCCAUGGCGGAAGAGUUUCAGCUGGGCGCCGGGAAUUGGUGGGUUUCGGCUUCCUCGUCUUCCUCAAGAAAUAGGUUUGACAGCGGCGGCGGAUCGUCGUCGUCUUCUUCCUCCCCCGCCGCCGCCGCCGCCUCGAGCGCACUGCAUAUGAGUAGUAACAGUGUUAGUAUGGGAAUUAGCAGCUUUGGUUGGGCGGCGCCGGGGGAAGUAGUGGACAUCAAAGCCGCCAGGUCUUCCUUGGAUUCCGCAUCUGCCACCGCCUCCGGUGGGGUACUGGUUGAUCCCAACUUGCAAAUCAUGGGUUUAGGCCUUUCUUCUCAACCGAUAGAUUGGAAUCAAUCUCUAUUUCGAGGUGAGAAAGGUGAACAGAACAGUUUUGGAUCCAUGUUACAACAACAAGAGUUGAGCUCCAACGCGAAUUAUCAUCAUCAUCAUCAUCAACAAGAGACAGCCUCGGAAGAACAGUGGAGACACAGAGUUCUAUACUCAGGCGGCGGAGGUUCAGAUGAAGCUUCGGUGAAUGAUUACAAUAAUAAGCAGCAAAUGGGCGGCGGCGGGCGGGCGGGGUUUUCGUUAGAUCAGCCGGCGCAUGAGUAUCUGGGCGGCGGCGCUUCCACUUGCCAGGGUUUAAACACCAGCUUUGAGCUGGAUUCCUCUUAUGGAAGCCCUUCCACCAUACUGCAAGCUGGGCUUUUGGUAUCUAACAGUAAUAAUAAUCAGCCCAACUUCACCGCCCGGACAUCCAUGAGUUUUCCUUAUAAUAAUACCCCCGCAAACUACGGCGCCGCCGGAGACGUAAUGUCCUCUUCCUGGUCUAAUAAGUUUCCUCAGUUUCUCCGAACAACUUCGCCGCCGCCGCCGCAGCAACCUCAGUUGCAUUUCUCUAACAACACUACUUUCUGGAAUGCCACCGCCGCCGCCAUGAACGAUGUCCGCUCCACCUUCUUCCCUUCGUUACACUCACAACUUCCUAGCUCCGCCGUUGAUGAAAAACCAAAGAAUGUAUCAGAUUUGAGUACAUCAACGGCGGCGGCGGCAAAGAAAACGAGCAAUGAAACGCCGUCAGGGAAAAGGUCACGGAAUGAAAACCCAUCACCGCCCAUGCCACCUUUUAAGGUAAGGAAAGAGAAGAUGGGAGACAGAAUCACUGCGCUCCAACAAUUAGUUUCGCCUUUUGGAAAGACUGAUACAGCCUCUGUGCUCACUGAAGCCAUUGAGUAUAUAAAAUUCCUCCACGAUCAAGUCAAUGCACUGAGCGCCCCAUACAUGAAAAGUGGAUCUUCCAUGCAGCAUCAACAACAACAGCAGAUUAGUUCGGAGAAAUCCAAAGAUCCAGAAGGUGGGGCAAGGCAAGAUCUUAGGAGCCGAGGACUGUGUCUGGUGCCGGUGUCCAGCACCUUCCCGGUGACCCACGAGACCACAGCAGAUUUCUGGAGUCCAACGUCAUUCGGAGGAAGCUUUAGAUAAGAUGACAACAACAUAAUAUAUAUAGUCACUACUAGGAACACUGGCCAAUUCUAUAUGAUCCAUCAAAAAGAUGAGAUAGGAAUUGAAAUUCAAAGGAUAUAAACUGUCCAGGCGGGCGGGCAGGAGGUCCAAGAUGAUGAUGAAAAAGGAAAAAAAAAAAAAAAAAAUGAUGGAGCUAGCAUUGAAGGACUGACGGGUGAUUGCUGGGCCACAGCUACAGGGCAAAAUGAUGAAGCUUUGGCCAAUUUUAGGGGCCAUUAUAAUAUACUGCAACCUACAUAUUGCCCUGUAAUAAUUGAAGAAUUAUGAUUAAAGUUGCUUUGGCUAGGGUUUGAUAAUAUAACAAAUUGCUAAUUCGACUAUAAAAGAGAAAGAAAAAAAAAUAGAGUAGCUUAAUUAGCUAGUUAAUUCAUGAUUAGUUUAAUUACAGAGAAUUUGUUGUUUGUAGCUGAUGAUGAUGAUGAAUUGGUAGAAUAAAUUAAAGGAGCUUUUUUUUUUAUUGUUU